AUGGCCCAAGUGAAUGAUCUCCUCGCUUUCGUGGUGCUGCGAAGCUUUUGGAUUUGCUGUCAUGUGGCCACCGCCGCGUUUCUCAUCUCGUUGAGGGCGAUCUCCUUGAUGCUAGGCCCACACCAAGCUCCUCCUUUGCGACGCUUGCCUUCGCCAUCCCGUGAGACGAUGGGUGCGUUGCUGGAAACGUUGCCGAUCGUGACUUUGCCCGAGCGCUUCGCCGAGGGCUUUGUUUUGUCCUGCGCUCCUUGUAGCAACCUUUGUCUCUACAUGCUGGGCGCGGCCGCCUGCCUGCAGCGUGCCAGCAACUUCCAGAGCGUCAAGCCAGGACUCGUUUUCAAGGGUGUGUCCUCGGGCGCAUUGGUUGCUGCCUUGCUGGCCAUGGGCUCUAAUGUGCCACAGCUCUUCGAGGAGUGUUUGGGCCUUUUGGCCACUCUAAACCAUCGCCGUGGUGGCUGGCUGGGCGCUUAUUCCACCACCAUCCGCCAGAUUUUGCGCCAUGCCACCAGCGCGAGCGUGUCUGUGGAGCCGGGAACUUUGCAGGUGGGGGUCACGGCGUUCGACGUGGCGCCGCAGUUGAAGGAGAUCAAAGACUUUCAAAGCGCCAAGGAUGUGGAGGAGACUGUGCUGGCUUCGUGCUACAUCCCAGUGGUUUGGGAGGAGCCUAUUUGGCUGAAGGACUUGGGUCCUUGUCUGGAUGGGGGCCCGUUUGGCUUCUUGAUCGAUGGCGAUGUCGUCUUCAGCCCAUACCAUUCCAACGUGCCUGACGUGGGCCCUGCUGAAGAAUAUCCCCGCACUUUGGUGUUUCAGCCCGUGGAUGCUCAAGACAUGCUCCGGCUCUUCGAGGAUGGCUACCGCCACUGCGUCUCCUGGAUCCAGCAGGGCUGCCCCUCCCGGCGCUCCGAGCGCCAAGCUGUUUGGGCGGAGCCGGGCAGUGGAAGCCCCAAGACGCUGGUGAUGGAAGGGUGGAAGACGCUGCGGGAGUUGGUGGCAUAG